AUGGAAGGAAGACGGAUCCUCCUAUGCACAGCUUUUCUUCUUUGUAGCAUUAUUUUUUGUAAUGCUGAGUUUGAUAUUUCAAACUUAUCCUGGGAAACACUGGACGAACUGGAACAACUCGAAGAUGUGUUUGGUUAUGCACCAAAUUUUACAGGAAAGCCAUGUCCAAUUUAUCGUGAAGAUCUUCCAAAUGACUACGUAGCUUACUGGGAGCUAGAGAUAAAUGAAACAGAGUUCGUUAUUAUAUCAUCAAGUGAGAAGACUGGUGACUAUCGAUUAACACAAGAAGGUCCAUUGCCAAGUCCUAUCACAUUACUUGACAACUAUGCAUCACUGGCCGAGUCUGAAUGCCACCGUUAUUACAUGCUGUCACCAGCUGGUCAAAUGAUCUGUCGUAACAAUCUAGAUGAAAUUGUAGCUAUUACAACAGAAAUAUCUCCGAUAUUAAUGAAAGAUGUUGAGAAUACCAAAAUGGAAAUGGAUGAACUGACUAAGGUUCUUGUUGAACAGAAAAAAGAAAUACAAGAGGAGUGGGACCAACGCCGAGUAACAGUUGAACAGUCUGGUGUAUGGUCAACUAUAUCAAAAUACGAUAAACUGACAUUAGAGAACGAUGAUGAAAAUGACCAUAUCAACCUAUUUUAUAAUGAAACCUACUCCGAACAAGCUAUAUCACCAGGGGAAAAAAUAUACAUACCGCUUGGCAAUGCAGUAGAUGAGCUCAUAAUUACGGUGGUGCCAAUAAACAUAAGUAUGAGGCCAGACGAAAUGUUUCCAUGGCAGUUACGACUCUGUCAAGCUCUCCUUGACGUAUGUGAUACGAAAAGUUAUAAGACAAUAGAUGAAAAUAAACUACACGUAGAUGCAAUGGGUCGACGCGUACUUGUGUUGGAAUUACAUGAGGAUAGUAACUUUCUUAAUGAGUUACUUGAGGAAACUGAAAUAGGUUUUCAUAUAGAAAUACACUUCGGCGACGGAGAGGUUGUAUUGAGACGAUUCGGGAUUGAUUUGAGCUAUGAUACAAGACACCGAGAGAAACGACGUACAGAAAGGCGAAGUUGGACUGGGUUCACGUAUACAUAUAUACCGAGCGAAAACUUGUUUCCUGAUUAUAAUCAACAUGACAUAGGUGGAUGCAUGAGUGGUUGUGGUCCAGUGGCAUGGGCAAUGGUUUUUGGGUACUAUGAUCGUAUGGCGCAUUAUAACUACCGGUCCCCUCAUUAUCGAUCAUUGUAUCGAUGUGGGUCAUCUGGCACAACUGGCUCCGAUAGUUGCGAAGCCCCUAGGUAUAUGACAGAUACAGUGAAAGGUUACGUAGAGGAUAUCCGUCGCGAACUUGGUACAUUCUGUUUGGCAGGUCAGGGUGCAACAUUGCAAAGUGAUAUGGAUAAUGUGGAAGAAUUCUACCGAGCAAGACAAGGAAGCCGUGCAAGAAUAUCAACCUGUAAAACUGGCGGACCAUUUGGCCUUGCUGGUUUUUACAGUACACGAGUUGCAGAUAAUAUUAUUGAUAAUUUAGAAGAUGGGCGACCUGUCAUCGUUGGAUAUCGUGUUAAUGGGAAUUUCCUCGCACAACAUUACGCUGUAGCAACCAAACUACGCCGUCGAUCACGUCGUUACCGUCAUUGCAUAUGGUGGCUUUGCUUUGGAUGGGUAACCGAGUGGGAUAACGACAUAUAUCUGCAUAAUGGGUGGGGUGGUACUGGUAAUGGUUGGCGUACUGCUGAAGGAUUCUUUGCUGCUGUGGCACGUCCAACCUAG